UAUACUUUAUUCUGAGUUUGAUCUUACGGGAACGGCGCACCCAACCCAGCUGGUAUGUUUUCUUAUCGCAUUCGCUUAAGAAUCCUCAGAUCUCUGCCAAAAUUCCAUUUAUUUUACUCUCAAUAGCAACACUCUUCCUCUCUCUAAUCCGAUAGUCUUGGAUUGAGCUGAUACACAUUUUAUGCGCAAAUUUACAUGGUCGCAUUCACAGAAGUGUGAUUGUGUGUGAGAUGGCGUGUGAAGGAUUGUAGAAAAGUAAUGGGGUCUUGGAAAAAAUCAAAUUCCAAUAAGAAUUUUCUCUCUGCUUCUGAAGAUAAAGACAUGUCGGUCUCAGACCUCCGUGUUACACAUGAAAAAGAACUAGAAAAUUUGACUUUGAUAGCACAGCCUGUUAAAACACUGAAGUUUUUCAUUCUGGCUGUCGUUAAGUACCUCAGGCGCUCAGUAGCAUAUAUUUUGUCACAUGGUGGUUGGAUUAUGCUGUUCAGUACCAUCAUUGCAAUAGCCGGGUUACUACUUUCGACUAUUGAUGGUCCUCAUGAGAAGCACGUUGAGGAAGUUCUACGUUAUAUACAGUUUGGAUUAUGGUGGGUGGCUCUUGGCGUUGCAUCUUCUAUUGGCCUUGGAUCCGGGUUGCACACUUUUGUUCUAUAUUUGGGGCCUCAUAUUGCCUUAUUCACCAUUAAAGCAAUGCAAUGUGGCCGAGUAGACAUCAAAAGUGCUCCGUAUGACACAAUACAAUUAAAAAGAGGGCCUUCGUGGCUUGGAAAGGAUUGUGCAGAAUUCGGCCUCCCUUUGUUUUCGUCUUCACAUGGUAUACAGGUUCCACUUGGUAGCAUAUUGCCCCAGGUCCAAUUAGAGGCAGUCCUGUGGGGCCUUGGGACUGCACUUGGAGAACUUCCCCCUUAUUUUAUUUCUAGGGCAGCGAGCUUAUCAGGUGGCAGAGUGGAUGCCAUGGAAGAACUGGAUGCUUCCUCAAGUGGAGAGAAUGGGAUUGUAUCUGCUAAGCUAAAUCAAAUUAAGCAUUGGUUCCUGUCACAUGCCCAAUAUUUGAACUUCUUUACUAUUCUAGUUCUUGCUUCGGUGCCAAAUCCUUUAUUUGAUCUUGCCGGAAUCAUGUGUGGACAAUUUGGAAUUCCUUUCUGGGAGUUUUUUCUGGCAACAUUGAUAGGGAAAGCAAUCAUCAAAACUCACAUACAGACGGUGUUUAUUAUUUCUGUGUGCAACAAUCAACUUCUUGACUGGAUGGAAAAUGAAUUGAUUUGGAUUCUCAGUUUUGUACCUGGGUUCAACUCUGUCCUACCAAAUCUCAUCACCAAGCUUCAUUCCGUGAAAGACAAGUACAUGGCAAUGAAACCAAAUUUUUCUUCAAAGAGCGAGGUGAAGAAAUGGGAUUUCUCAGUCGCUUUCAUUUGGAAUACCAUAGUAUGGUUCAUGCUAAUUGGUUUUUUCGUUAAGAUUGUGAACGCAACUGCACAAAGGUAUCUAAAGAAACAGCAAGAAAAGGAAAUGGCUUCUUUGAAGAACAAGUCAUUGGAGAUUUCGGGUGAUUCUGAUAAUUCACCUAGAUGAACUUCCAAUUCUUCUUCCUUUUUCCUUCAUUAUGAUUAAUAGGAGUUAGAAAUUUUAGUGACAGUCGUAGUCACAAUUGAAGUUUCUGAAAGGAAUAUUCAUCUGUAAGCCUGCAAUUGAAAUUUGUAUAGAAAGAACAGAAAUUGCAGGAACUAUUAGUUGGGGGUGAUGGGGAGGGAACUUACAAACCAAUGUCAACAGUUUGUGAGUUCAGAUUUGAAACUUAUUGUUAUUUUGUGGCAUUGAAGGAUCAAUUAUUUUCAUAUUUGGAUUAGGAUAUUGUUCUCUGAGGGCAUGUCGCCCUGGCAUGGCCAAGUCCGUUCCUUGAUUUAUUGUUCGAUAGAGUUUUGAUGCAUUGUAUUAUAUCGGACAAUGGGUUGGGGCUUGACUCCCACGUUAACUACUUCCAAUUAUUAGAUAUAAUAUUCUUGUGUUGGUCAACGCA